AUGGCAGCAAGGCUUGUGCUCCCCCUCCUCCUCGUCCUCGUCGUCGGCUCCCACACGGCCUCCUCCACCGUGGUGCAGACGUGCGUGAACGCAGUGGUGGCAGGGGACCGCAGGGAACUAGAAGUCUUCUGCGUGACGUCGCUCCAGGCGGCGCCGGGGAGCGCCACCGCAGACGCCCACGGGCUGGCCGUGAUCGCCACGAACCUGACGCUGGCCAACUACACGGCGGCGGCGGCCACGAUCAAGGACCUGCAGCAGCGCAGGGGCUGGACGGCCAAGCAGCUGGGGGUGCUGAUCACGUGCCGGAAGGGGUACAUCCAGGCGUUGAACAUGGUGCACAACGCCUUCCACGCGCUGGCCACGAGGCAGAAGCAGGCGUACCUGGACGACAUGGGCGACGUUAGGGAGGCCUCCCUCGACUGUGAAGCAGCGUUCGAUGAGUCGAUGCCGAGUAAGGUGAACUGGGACGCCGAGCUCCUGACUACCGUGGCCAUGAUGAUCGUGAUGUCGUUGUAG